UUUUUGUCUACAGGGUAUAGGCUACAUAUUCUGUAGUGAAUAAUGCAUAUAGCAGUUUGGUAUGCUGAUAAUUGAAAUUGAUUUUUAAUUAGCAAUUUAAUUUGAGGAACUGGUGGCUUUUUCAACAUCUACUUAAAUCACUUGAGUUGUCCAUUGACAUCGCUGUUGAUACUGCUUUUUAAAGAAGAUUUUCAUUAGCAAUAAUCAUGGGGAACAAGAAAAGCAAAUUGAAACCCGAAAUAUUGGAAAAAUUGAUGAAAGAAACUAAAUUUUCAGAGGAGGAACUCAACAAAUGGUACAAAGGUUUUUUGAGAGAUUGUCCAUCAGGAAGGUUGUCGUGUGAAGCUUUCAAAGGAAUUUACAAACAAUUCUUUCCUCAAGGAAACUCAGAAAAAUUUGCUAAAUUUGUUUUUACGACAUUUGAUGAAAAUAAAGACGGAACUAUUGAAUUUGAAGAAUUUAUGCUGGCAUUAAGCAUCACAUCACGAGGAACUUUAGACGAAAAAUUAAACUGGGCAUUUCAACUGUAUGACUUAGAUAAUGAUGGUUUCAUAACAAGAAAAGAAAUGCUGGAUAUUGUCAGUGCUAUUUUUAUGAUGGUGGGUAGCGCAGUCAAAUUACCAGAGGAAGAGAACACGCCGGAGAAAAGAGUUGACAAAAUCUUCAGUCUCAUGGACAAGAAUAAAGACGGUCAACUCUCCAAAGAAGAAUUUUUGGAAGGAGCGAAGAACGACCAAUCGAUUGUGCAAGCACUCACAAUGUACGAUGGCAUGGUUUGAUCUGCGUGUAAAAACGUCCCGGAAAUUCCUAUUGAACAUCCGAAUAACUACCCACAUUGUUCUUAACAAUUUCUUAUUGAAACUUUUUCCCAGGCGACGCAUGAAACACUCGCUUUGGUGUGUUAUCGUCGUUGCUUAUCCCAGAUGUUUUCAAUGUCCAACGGAACUGUACCGGACAGAUAGUAUCGCGUAAUCGUAUAAUGGAGUUAUGGUACUGUAAUCUUGUAUAUGAUCCAGUCUACCUUACUUCGUUGUAGUGAUUGUUGGCUAAGUUUGGUUUUGGCUGUGAUGCUAAGAGUAAGAAAUUUCACAUUAUAAUAUUUGGUCUUUUUAGCUAGCUAGUUUGGACUAAAUUUACGAAUAUUACAAAAUUGAAAUGGAUCUUAUUGAUCUUUUUCAAUUUUUUGUACCACGUUUUUAUUUAUUCCUUUUCAUACCUAUUUUUGUUGCAGUAUUUUUUCCACAAUUCUUCAUAAUUUUGUUAGUCCCCUCAACUAAAUCUUAUAAUAUUUUUUUUUUUUUAUUCGCUUAAGAACUGCGUCAACACUGUACACAGUCUUCAAUUAUCCCUCAAAUCAGGUCUGUGGGGUCGUGAAAAAUAUAAAAUCGAUUCCUGACUAUAAGUUGAAAAAAAUGAAAAAAAAUUUGACUUGCUGCUUCCGACUUCAGCUUAAUCGUUAUUUCGGAUCCAGCUCCGAACUCCCGUUGAAAUCGAAUUUUGAUAAUACAAAAAAUUUGGCGUUUGCAAACCUUAUUUAAUGAACAUAGUCAACGUAAAGAAACAGUCGACCUAAUUUUUUCAAAUUUCUGUAAAAAAAUUAUGACUUCCGAUGCGACCAAAUUUCGACACCGACGCGCAACCCUGCCCUCAACGUCAACAUAAGACUGAUCCACGUCACAAUAAAAACUGCUACCGGUAAUUGUUGCACAUUUGUGUGUGCUGUCCACAGAAUAAAAUAUCCAUCUACUAGACACAGUCCCAUCUAUAAGAGCUAUUCUCUUGGUAAACCGCAGUCAAAAUAUUUAGGCCAAUUUAUUCAUGAAAUUUUGAACAGCUCUUGUUCCAUCAAAAUAGCAGAUUAUGCUAUCUAUGGCUACAUGUUGGAGUACUUGCAGACUUCAAAUUAGCUCAACAAGACCACGAAAUAACGUAUCGGGGUAGGUUUAAUUAUGUUGGAUUAUUAUCCAACCUUCCAGGUUUUCUUAACCUGGCUUAAGAUAAAUAGAUAAAUAGGACCAAGGUAAACCGAGUAAUUUAUAUAUCAACUAUUAGUUAUUAUUAUUAAUAAGUGAUGGGAAAUAAUAAAAUAGUACCCUCAAUUCAGUUAAUUUGGUCCUUUUUGUUGAUCGACAUUGGCCUAUAAUUCGUAGGAUUUUGCUUUUCACGAUGUAUUUUCUGGUUAUAUUCGAUAAAAAGUAUAUUUAGUGUAUUGCUUACUUACAUCUUAGGAUGCGGCAUCUGUUUUCGUCGUUACGAUGGCACCUGCGUAAUAUAUUUUACGUCCCGAAAGAUAAACGGAUUAUCGACGUUAAUAUUAAUUUGUUUUUGCGAUAGACGGAUCCAGUUUUAAAGAAAGGCUUUUCCCACAGACCAAGUACGGUGCACAGACAUAUCAAGCGAUAAAAUCACCUAUUAUCUAAGGCCCACACGCGACCAAUUAACAGUCAAUUAUGCUCGGCGCAAUAUCAAAACAAAUACAUGACGUCAUUAUUCUAAACGUGUCAAUUUCGUAAAAACAAGCAUCGUCCCGGGCUGUAGUUAAAGAGGCCUUGUCGGAAAUGGAAAUUAGUUUUCUGUCUGAUAGAAAUUAUUUUUUCUGCCGAAAGUUUUUUAAUAUUAAUGACUCGUCGGUGCCCGACGUCGCGACUCUUACACUUUGCGGUACAAAGAAACCGUCGACAUACUUAAAAUAAUGUGGAUAAUUUUCUUCCACAUUCGUUUUGUAAAUUUUUAAAUAUGGUAUUUAAAAUUUAUACCACAAAUCGAAGGAGAAUAACACACACCGCAUGAAAAUAAUGUGACACAUCAACGCGAAAAUUCCACUGCAUAUUUGUUUCAAAAAUUCAAAUCUCGGUACUUCUCCAACGCGAUUUGACAAAUUAAUAUUGGUUUUACAAACGGAACAGUUAACACCAGCAGGAUCAAAGCGAAAGAUAUGGGUAACCAAGUAACGCACGCCUUUCAUUUUUCUUCCAGUUUUUCUCUAUCGAACUACAUCGGCAAAAUCUGGACCUAGCAUAAAACUUCGAUUCACGCAUUUUAUUGAUAAAAAUAAAAAUAUGAAGAUUAUGGAUACUUUCAAUUGAAUAAAUUGUUCAUUCGGAUCGGUUGUGUGCUGUUUAAUUAUUUUUACUUGAGGUUCAAAAGAUAACAUAAGCUCGUAAUAACAUAUACAUUGACUUUGGAAAUCUGCCAAUCAAUUCACCUGAACGGUACUUUACUCAAUUACAAUUAACGAUCCGUGGUCUGGGCAAGAGAUCGAACGAACAUUUUUACUCGGAAAUAUAUUAUAAAUUCAGCGCGGAAUAGGUUCCACGGAUUUCUGAAUUUCAGUCAGGGCAAUUUUCUCGUUUGCUACAUCCAAAAACUCAAACAACGCACAAAAAAAUAAAAAGUUUAGACAUAAACCUUAAACCUUAUUUACAAACGUUCAUAUGAGUGAAGUAAACAUGUCAGAAUGAGCACUUAUAUAUGCUUUGGUAAUGGUCCAAUAAUUUGAGAAAACAAACUUUGGUAGUCAAAAUAUGAAUUGACCAACAAGAUGUGCACUUUAUUAAGAUCGCGGUCAUUUUUACCUGGUUGAUAAUAGGGAAAUGUCGCUUCUAUAUUCAUGCCUUAUACCUUCAGCCUCCGUUUAGUAAUAUAUUGGAAGUCUGUAGUAUAAAAGUUGUAUUAGGUGCGUAGAUGUAUCUAGAAUUGUUUACCUAUAGUUGCUAUGUUUUUUUUUUAUUUUAGCCACCUUAUCUAUUUUGGGUUAGACGAAUCAAUACAGUCUCUGACGUUUUUUUUUCGAGAUACCAAUUGCACUACCGCGUCAAAUUCUGAUGCUUCAUUUUAUUUUGUUUAAUCGCAGUACAUUUUCCAUGUCAACUCAAAAUGAACCGAUUCUCCUAUUCUACUUGAUUGAAGUCACAAAGAUAUGACGUAAUAUUCUUCAAAUGUAAAUUUCUAAAUGUUUACAGUGGUUACGAAUUUUUCUGGUGUUUUUUUGUCUAUGAAUGUAUAUGCGUUGCACUUUCAUUAGCAUAGAAAUUAUCUUUUUUGUAACUUAUAGCUGAAAUAAUUUUGUGUUAGAGAUUAAUACGUAAUAAACUGUGUUUGUGUUUUCUGUAAGUUAUAUAUUAUUAAUUUAUGUUGAUAUUUUCUAAUUGAUGUUUUUGGCAAUUGAAAUUUUGAUAUCCGCUUUUGAUUAUUGCCAGGCAAUAUUUGAAUAUUCAUAAAUGAUUCAGAAAAUAGGAAUAUGCCUAAUUUUUUUUGAAUAUUAUUGGGCUUGAUGUACAGGCCUUACUCCAAAGGCAAUUAAGAUUAAAUCAAAUUUAAAAUUAAUAUAAAUUUGUUAAUUAUGCGAAAUAUUCCGUGACGUAUUCUUAUGUUGGAUAUUCGUUCAAAAUGGAUAACACCAUUCAAAAAGAAUCCAAUGAAAAUGGAGUUUUAAGGUAGAAAUGCCAAGGCGAGCCGUUAUUCCUAUUGUUUGUAGGUUCGGAUUUGUUGAUAUUUACUAUAAAUUGAUAUACUAUAUAAUUCGUCUUAAUUGGACGUUUUUUCUAGUUUCAAUAUUUUGAAAUGGUGCUGAUGCGAUGUGCUUGAAUUUUUCUUUCUUUGUUGUCAUUAUGGUGUGAGUGCAAUUCAUUUUAUCCAGCAAG